AGAUCCAUGUUUAUCAAGUACGAUUCGCGCCUAACCCAAACCCAGCAUCCGAGAUGUCAAAAAACUACCUAAUCACGGGCGCAUGUCGCGGCAUCGGUCGUGGGCUCUCUCGACUGCUCCUAGAGAAAGGCCACCGCGUGUUUCUCCUCGACAACGCCGAGCCCGAAAUCGAACAUAUGCGCGCACAGCUCCCCAAAUGGCUCUCCUCGAAACCAACCAUUAAGGACCAGUACCACGUCUUCCGCGGCGACCUUUCCAACAGAAGCGACAUCGACCGCGCCGCGAGCUCUGCCUCUGCAUUCUUCGCCGGUCACGUCGACGUGCUCAUCAACAAUGCCGCAAACACCACCGGCGUCAUCCACGAGCACCGCAUCGACUCCCCAGAGUUCCCGGAGCUAUGGGCAAAAACGAUUGCUGUCAACCUAACGGGCAGCAUGCUACUCACACGCGCGGUGCUGCCACAGCUACGUAAGACAUCGACGCGCGAGCAUGGCGGAAGCGUGAUAUUCAUGUCGUCGACGCGUGCGUACCAGUCGGAGCCAAAUAGCGAGGCAUACGCAGCGACGAAGGCGGGGCUGCUCGGACUGUCGCAGGCGCUGUCGUGUAGUCUGGCGGAUGACGGCAUACGCGUGAAUGCGAUUCUGCCCGGGUGGAUCAACGUGCAGAACGAAAGUCGGUGGGGCGAUGAGAAGGGAAUGAGCUGGGAAGAUGGGCUGACGGAGGAGGAUCACCGAUGGCAUUUUGCCGGGAGAGUGGGCAAGGUCGAGGAUGUGUUCAGAGCGGUGGAGUAUCUGGGGGAUGGCAAUAGUUGGGUGACGGGGCAGGAGUGUGUCGUGGAUGGGGGCGUUACGAGGAGGAUGGUGUAUCCGGAGUAGAAAUGCUCCUGUGCAUGGUAACCUAUGCGCCGGACUACGAGCGAUACCUCAAGGGCUAGCGACGUUGAUUUGAUGAGGUUUGGGUAUAUUAAUUCAGGACAGGCGGUCAGGGAGUGCGUCAGGUCAGGCAUGCUAGACGUCCAAACAUACGAGGACGUCCGGAAGGGUACUGUAUUAGUGAGACACUCCAGCCCAGAGCUCGAAUCAUAUUUAUA